AUGGCCCCCCACACGAUCGUCGUCCUGGGCGCUGGCCUCGGCGGCAUCCCCAUCACCCACUGGCUCAUGAAGCACCAGGUGCCGACCAACAAGGACCUCAAGGUCGUCCUCGUCAGCCCCACGAGCGAGCUCUUCUGGAACAUCGCCGCCCCGAGGGCCGUCCUGCCCGGCGCCCUGCCCGACGACAAGGUCUUCUACCCGAUCGCGUCCAACUUCGCCAAGUACCCGCAGCACGAGAGCCAGUUCGAGUUCAUCGUCGGCAAGGCCGAGGCCCUGGACCCGACGAGCCAGACCGUCACCGUGGCCGAGGUCCCCGGCGGCGCCCACCGCAGCGUCCGGUACGACACGCUCGUCGUCGCGACGGGUUCGUCCGCCCGGGCGGACAUGCCGUGGAAGAGCCUCGGCAGCACGCAGGAGACCAAGGAGGCGCUCAGGAAGCUGCAGAAGGCCAUCGGCGCGGCCAAGCACAUCGUUGUCGCCGGCGGCGGGCAGACGGGCUCGGAGCUGGCGGGCGAGCUGGGCUCCGAGUACGCGGCCAAGGGCCUCAAGCAGGUCACCUUCGUCAUCGACGACGACCUGCCCCUGACCGCCGACGCCCGCAGGGACGUGCGCCAGGCCAUCGCCAGCCGCCUCGAGAGCUUCAAGGUGCGCAUCGUCAGGUCGGCGCGGGUGACGGCGUCGUCAGUCGAAGGCGGCAAGACGGUGCUGGAGCUCACGAGCCGCGACGGCGGCAAGAAGCAGCAGAGCCUCGAGGCGGACCUGUACCUGCCGACCGUGGGGCUCGUGCCCAACAGCGACUUUGCGCCGUCGAGCAUGCUCGACGCCCAGGGCCGCUUCAAGCAGACGGCGUCGCUGCGGGCCGAGGGGUUCGGCAACGUCUUCGUGCUGGGCGACGUGGGCAACCUGCAGACGGCGACGGCCAAGCACGCCGGCGACCAGGUCCAGCACCUGACCAAGGUGCUGGGGCCUUACCUCAGCGGCGGGCAGAAGGCUGAGCCGGCAUACAAGGCCGACAACGGUCCCAUGUUCGCCGUGACGUUGGGUAAGAGCCAUGGAAUCGGGCAGAUGGGUACUUGGAAGCUGUGGUCGUGGCUCGUCGCCAUGGUCAAAUCGAAGCACAUGGGCACCAACAUGGCGCCGGAUUCGGUAACGGGAGCCAAGAUGUGA